CGCAAACUGUAUGGGUAAUGAUGAAUGUCCAUUGACAUUAGAUGAUGCUGGCGGCGUUUUAGGACAUGCAUACUUUCCUGACUCUAGCGGCACCUGUAGAGAAAUCCAUUUAGAUAUAAAUGAACGCUGGUAUUUUGGAAAUAAUCCUAAUAUACCCAAAAAUCAAACUAGUUUUCUUAUGGUGUUGGUUCAUGAAAUUGGACAUGCCCUCGGCAUAGCACAUAGUGCUUCUCCGAAUGCUAUUAUGUUUGCCUUCUAUCAGCAUGAGAUUCGUGGUCUAGAUGUUGAUGAUAUAAAUGCAGUACAAUAUCUAUAUGGAAGAAAAAACAAAUAUGAUUCAAUCCCAACGUCUACCACCGCAUCAGCAAUACCAAAAACAACAACAACAACUAUAAGAUCUACAACUCAUAAAGCAAAAAGUGCAGUACUUCACAAACUGUGA